AUGUUCUUCCAUACACAAAGACUGCUUUUACCCAAACACUCUCCUGCACUUGCCAAGCUCGGCGAGAGCCAGCGCGACAAAAGCUGGAUGGUCCAAGUCAAACCGAAGCAUCAGUACUGCAAGAGAAACGCGUACGCCAAUGUUUCCACCGGUCCUUUUGGAGCCCAGCUGCGACUUGGAAUACCUAGAUUACCUCCAGAAAAGGACCAAGGGAAAGGAUGUGUUGAAUAA